AUGGCCGCACGCCCCGGCCCGCUCUGGCUCCUGGGCCUGGCGCUGUGCGCGCUGGGCGGGGGCGGCCCCGGCCCGCGACCCCCGCCCGGCCGUUCCCAGUGGCGUCUGGGCGCCCGCGAGCGCCGGGACGUUCAGCGCGAGAUCCUGGCUGUGCUCGGGCUGCCCGGGCGGCCCCGGCCCCGCGCGCCACCCGCCGCCUCCCGGCUGCCCGCGUCCGCGCCGCUCUUCAUGCUGGACCUGUACCACGCCAUGGCCAGCGACGACGAUGAGGACGGCGCGCUCCCGGAGCGGCGCCUGGGCCGUGCCGACCUGAUCAUGAGCUUCGUCAACAUGGUGGAGCGAGACCGUGCCCUGGGCCACCAGGAGCCCCACUGGAAGGAGUUCCACUUUGACCUGACCCAGAUCCCGGCUGGGGAGGCGGUAACAGCCGCGGAGUUCCGGAUUUACAAGGUGCCCAGCACCCACCUGCUCAACAGCACCCUCCAUGUCAGCAUGUUCCAGGUGGUCCAGGAGCAGUUCAACAGGGAAUCUGACUUGUUCUUUUUGGAUCUUCAGACGCUUGGAGCUGGGGAUGAGGGCUGGCUGGCGCUGGACAUCACAGCAGCCAGUGACCACUGGUUGCUGAAGCGUCACAAGGACCUGGGACUCCGCCUCUAUGUGGAGACUGAGGAUGGGCACAGCGUGGAUCCUGGCCUGGCCGGCCUGCUGGGCCAACGGGCCCCCCGCUCCCAACAGCCUUUCGUGGUCACUUUCUUCAGGGCCAGUCAGAAUCCCGUCCGCAUCCCUCGAGCAGUGAGGCCACUGAGGAGGAGGCAGCCGAAGAAAACCAACGAGCUGCCGCAGGACAGCCGGCUCCCGGGCAUCUUUGAUGAUGUCCACGGCUCCCACGGCCGGCAGGUCUGCCGUCGGCACGAGCUCUACGUCAGCUUCCAGGACCUCGGCUGGCUGGACUGGGUCAUCGCCCCGCAAGGCUACUCGGCCUAUUACUGUGAGGGGGAGUGCUCUUUCCCGCUUGGCUCCUGCAUGAAUGCCACCAACCACGCCAUCCUGCAGUCCCUGGUGCACCUGAUGACACCAGACGCAGUCCCCAAGGCGUGCUGUGCGCCCACCAAGCUGAGCGCCACCUCCGUGCUCUACUAUGACAGCAGCAACAACGUCAUUCUGCGCAAGCAUCGCAACAUGGUGGUCAAGGCCUGCGGCUGCCACUGAGCCCAGCCCGCCCACCCUGCUGCAGCUGCCCUUCUCAUCAGAUUGGGCCCCUCAGAAGCAGGAAAUCUUCAAACCCAGCCAGACCCCAAGCUGGGGUGUUACCAGGGAGGACCCUCACAAUCGUGUCCAUGCCCCUUCCUCCUUCCUGCCAGGCCCCUAUGCUCCCUUUGCCCUGCCAGGUGUUUGUGUGACUGUCCUGUCUCCAGCCCAGGUGGUUUCAAUCAACAGGCAGUGUUCUACCCAAACCCCUCCCCCAGAGGCAUGUACUGGCCAGUUCUUUGGGGUUGGCACAGAAGUCCUGUCUAAGGACCUAUACAUGCCCCUUACUGGCCCAGGCCGUGGGGUGGAUGUGGGAUGACCUGAGAGGCACCUGGAGCCCACUGUUGGCCACCUUGAGCUCUUCACCAUCCAUCACAGGGUGUGGUAUGUGUAGUCAGGGUCUAGUUGGCUCCCCAUUGCCUGCCCCUCUGAGGUGCAAGGCUAGGUAUAAAACUGGACAUCCCCUGAAGUACUGUAUAUUCACGAAUCUGAAGUACUGAUCCACUGGCCACAGGUGGGCAUUUGGUCAACUCAAGAAAAAGCUGAGUGAACAACAUGAUUUAGUGCUAAAGCCAAUGGCAUUUAUCUUCCUUGUCUUCCUGCUUUGCAUCUGCCUCUGCUAUCUGGGAAAGACAUAUAGUGCAUGGACAUUUUGCUUUGGAGAAACAGAGAAAUCUCGGGGGGUUCCAACAGACCCAUCUAUCUUCCACUAUGUUGACGCAUCUGGAGCUCAGCUCUGUGGAGUUUUCCUUUUGCUGAGCAAGCAUGCGGUUGCAUUGGGUGGCCCAGGAUGGCAACAUGCAGCAUAGAUGCCAUCAUUUCGCUUCCCCUCUGCAUGGCAGACAUC